GGGUUGGUUUCGACGCCGCGAAUCAUGUACGUCAGUACAGUGUGUGACAGUGAACCUAAAUUAAACUCAGCCAUCAUUAGUUUGAUUAUUUACACCCGUGUUUCCCCCCCAGACCAGUCAAAACCAUUUGACGAUUUGCAAAACAACCCGUUGCUGCCUGCCACAUGACUUUGUACAGUACUGCUUGUAAAUAGCGCCCCCCACUGUUUGAUGAAUAGAUGACAAACACAACUCACUUGACCGCCUGCUAUUGUGCAUGUGUGAGUUCAGACUUUAUUUAUCAAACACUAUCAUAAUACGUCACUAACUGGUUUUCAACACACACACAGCAUAAAUAUAGAUGUCUUCACAGUUCAAAAAGUACAUUAUGUGAAGAGUUGCAUGUGCUUUGGUGUGCGAUAGGAUCUCGUCAAGUCAAUAAUUAAACACAGAGUACACAAGUCUGGUCAAUGUGUGGUCACUUUUCUCACUCGACGCGGUCUCGACAAGUUGCAGCACAGGCUUCCAGUGAAAUCUACAGCUUAUUGUUCAAUUUACUUUCAGGCAAUAUAUUCUCAGACCCUGUCAAGUGUCCAUGGCACGUUUUAUCUCCCUGUUCCGGCCUCGGCCCCUUCUAGCCCUCGUGAGCAAGAGUAAACCAACGUUGAGCAAAAUGUCAAUGGACUCACGGGCGCAGCAGGUUUUUGCAGCAGCAGUGGAGGCUGUGCGGCCAGACACUGUGGUCCGACAGAGUAUACGGCGCAAAGAUGAUUCAGUCAUUAUCAAUGGGCAAGAAUUCCCACUCAGACACAACCUACACUUGGUGGGCUUUGGAAAAGCUGUACUGGGUAUGGCUGCAGAGGCAGAGAGGAUUAUGGGGGAUCAUCUAGUGAAGGGGAUCAUAAGUGUGCCACAUGGGAUUCAGCAGACAUUGAAGCAGCAUGGAAAAGACCACCUGUUGUUAAAAGAAAACAGUCGUAUCAAAGUCAUGGAGGGAGCCAAGCACAACUUACCCGACACGGAUGCCCAGGAGGCAGCGGAAAGGAUCAAGCAGUUGGCCAGUGAACUGACAGAGAAAGAUUUGCUGCUUGUACUGAUUUCAGGUGGAGGCUCUGCUCUCUUACCUGCACCCAUCCCACCAAUCUUACUGUACGAGAAGCUACAAUUAACCCGCAAACUUGCAGCUGCUGGAGCAACAAUUCAGGAGCUGAACACUGUACGUCGCGCCCUUUCUUUUCUAAAGGGUGGAGGGCUGGCACGUCAUGCUUACCCUGCUCAGGUGGUUGCACUCGUACUGUCAGAUGUGAUUGGAGAUCCUCUGGACUUGAUAGCUAGUGGACCCACAGUCUGUGGAGAGGUGAGGCCUGAGGAAGUCUUGUCAGUUCUUGGACAGUACAAGCUGUUGGACUCUCUGCCAGCAUCAGUGAAGGAUGUGCUUGGGAAACCAAAUCCCCAGUGGACGGAUAAGGCAGAACAUGUUUUUAACACUGUUAUUGGCUCCAACAGCAUUGCCCUUAAAUGUGCAGGACUCCGUGCCAGAGAGCUUGGUUUCCUCCCGGUUGUUCUGUCUCCAGGUGUGUGUGGUGAUGUAAGGUCAGUCUCUAAACUUUACGGCCACCUGGCUCACUUUGCAUGUUCUCAGGAGGAACCCUCUCCUGAGAUUGUGACUGAGAUGCUGAAGCUCGGGCCUGAAGUGGGUGUGCAGACCUGGGACCUGCACCGCACCAUGAAAGUUUUGGGAGAAGGGCGCACAGAGGGAUGGGGUGACACGUGUCUGUUAGCUGGAGGGGAGCCGACUGUAGAGUUGACUGGGAAGGGUCAAGGUGGUCGAAACCAGGAGCUGGCUUUGCGAGUUGGACUGGAGCUGAGAGGCUUGCAGCUCCCGCCUAAUGGUCCUGUCUUUCUGAGUGGUGGAACAGAUGGUCAGGAUGGACCCACCGAGGCAGCAGGUGCCAUUACUGAUGCAGGGUUACAUGAAGAGGCACAAGCACAAGGGCUGGACAUCGACAACUUCCUUAACAACAAUGAUUCUUACACGUUUUUUUCCCGUCUUUCUGCUGGGCGACAUUUACUUGUACCUGGACUAACUUGCACCAAUGUGAUGGAUGUGCACAUGCUACUUAUUCCAUCAAAUGCCAAUAUUGUAACAUAAUUCAAAAUCUAGAUCUGGAUUUUAAAAAGUACACAAUAUACCAGUUCAUGCAAGGUAUUAACAUUUGUCUUGGUUGAUCUAAUCACAAUCGGGCGGCUCUAAGUAUAGCUGUGAACUAAUGACACUUACGUUUGCUCUAUGAACUUAUUCUAGAAACACAGAACUACAUCAUUUCUUUGCAAAGACCAGAUGUAUUGUUUUCAGGUCUAUCACGUAAAAAAACGUAUAAAAGUAAACAGUGCUUAUUAAAAUUUCCCAGUAAAAUAAAAUAAGAGCUGAUUCUACAUAUAGACCAACUGUCUUUAUAAUUAUCAAAUAGGUGAUAUUUUUAUUUUCAUAGUAGUAUUGCUGAGAGCUCUACCUUCAUUGUACUUAUACAAAGACAAUAAAGAUAUUCUGAUAAAAAAAACUCUA